CGAGCUGAAGCUCCACUGUGAAAUCUACCUGGCAGCAGGGGACGACGCUACUGAAAACUUUAGAUUUACUCUCAGUUCCGGUCUGACGACACACCUUUACUUGUAGAUACAUAUAUUUUUUAUUUUCUUCUUGUUUGAAUGAAUGUGAACAAAACAGUUUUGGCAAAGUUACCAGAAGGAGACUUUUUCACUUGAAGCGUCGACGAAGUUCAAACGCAUCUUAAAGGAGACACACACACACAUGGAUGUCAGAAGGAAUAAGCUCAACGAUGCUGCCCACCUCGGUCUGCUCGCUGUCUGCCCCAAAUAGUUUUGUCCGCCAGCUGAGCACCUGCCACAAUACGCCUGAAGAGGAUGAUGAGACCAUGAACACAGAGGAGAGAGAAGCCAGCAUUGUCUACAAAGUGGACCCCGCGUCCCCCCUCAACGGCCACCGCCGACCCUUAGACCACACCGCGGUCCCUGAUGACUCCAUGUUCAGUAGGCGGGGGUGGAACAGAGAACAGUCCCCCCCUGCCAGCUCCAGUUUCUGCUCCUCCAGGCCCCCUCACAGCCUGCCUGCCGGAUACAACCAGCCGACUCCGUUCCCGAGCCAGGUUAACAUGCUCCACCCAAGUUUCGCCAGCAGCUGGACGGGGUAUCCCAACAGCCUGCCGUCCUGUCUGAGCCAGAAGGAAUACUCCAGUUGCUCCGAGGAGAGCUGUUUGUCCAGAUACAAGUCGUCUUCGCUCCCCGGUCAACACAGCAGCAACAUGAGCUUGGAGCAACCACUAUCCCUGCACUCCACCCCACCUUCAGCCGAGCUGUACCAUUAUACGUUGUCUCCGUACUCGUGCCCACCACAGGGCCCUGCCUGUUGCGCUCAGUGCCCUGCAGAUGCCUUUAGCAGGAGGCCUGUGGCCAACAAACACGCUUGGCCUCAAUACAACCCAGCUUACAGCCCAUACCAUCCAGAAGAGUGCAGAGUUCCUGGAGCUGGAUUCACACACAUUGGACCCAAUGCCCCGGUUAAGGAGAGACACCCUACGUACAGCAACACGCUCUCUCUGGAGCAGAGGAGGGUCUUUGUCACCUAUGAAGCCGACAACGACAAGCACGUCAAUGAGAUCAUCAAGUUUGUGGCUCUGCUGCGACACAACGGUUUUGACACUCAUAUUGACAUUUUUGAGCAGCAGUACAGAAGUAUAAGCAAGAUUGACUUCAUGGAGAGGUACCUCAGUGAGAAAGAGUACCUGAUCAUCAUCAUCAUCAGUCCCAAGUACUAUGAAACGGUGACCACCUCUCCGUUCGACCUGGAGAACGAUGAGAGAACCUUCAACACGGUUUACAUCCACAAACAGCUUCAGAAUGAGUUCAUCCAGAAUGGAAGCAAGAAUUUCAGGUUCAUUCCCAUUUUGUUUCCCGGGGCUAAAAAGUGUCACGUUCCUAACUGGCUUCAAAACACUCAGGUUUACGGCUGGCCACGUGAUCGCGAUGACAUUCUCCGGCGGCUGAUGAGGGUGGAGAAGUACAAUCCGCCUCCCAUCGGGGAACUUCCAACCAUCGUUUCCAUCCCCAUCUAG